UCUGAGUUCAGCUCCGGCUGCGCGCACUUCUUCAGCCUCCUCCUCGCCUCCUCCACCUGUCUGGACCUUUCUCCGGCUCUCCGCGUCGGACGCGCAUCGCCGUCUUUGCGCGUCCCCGCGUGUCUGCGCUCCUCGGUGCUCGUGGCUGUGAGUUCGGAGUGGAGCACAGUGGCCGUGGCUCGUGGGGAUGUGGUGACAUGCUUGCGCAGGAACGGGACUCUCAGCAUUUAUGGUCACAUGAAUGUCAGCGCUGCAGGCCAGAUGCCGGCGAUGGCGGAGCUCGGCGGUGAGAGCGAUAGCAUGCCAAAGCGGAUGGCCCUGAUCUGCUUCCUGUCUCUGGUCAUGCUGAUGAGCAUCUUUGGAAACCUGCUGGUCAUGGUGGCCGUCUGCAAGGACAGACAACUCAGGAAAAUCAAGACCAACUACUUCAUCGUGUCGCUGGCGUUUGCCGACUUGCUCGUGUCGGUGCUGGUGAUGCCGUUCGGCGCCAUUGAGCUGGUCCACCAGCACUGGAUCUACGGCGAGACCUUCUGUUUGGUGAGGACUUCUCUGGACGUUCUGCUCACCACCGCGUCGAUACUACACCUGUGCUGCAUCGCCCUGGACAGAUACUACGCUAUCUGCUGCCAGCCUCUGGUCUACCGGAACAAAAUGACGCCCAUGCGAGUGGCUUUAAUGAUCGGCGGCUGCUGGGUCAUUCCCACUUUCAUCUCCUUCCUGCCCAUCAUGCAGGGCUGGAACAGCAUCGGCAUCGACCACCUGAUUAACGAGCGGCGCUUCAACAACAGCAGCAACACCACGUCCUGCGUCUUCAUGGUCAACAAGCCGUAUGCGCUCACCUGCUCCUUGGUGGCCUUCUACAUCCCUUUGGUCCUCAUGGUGCUGGCCUACCAGAGGAUCUACAUUACAGCCCGGGCGCACGCCCUGCAGAUCAGCAUGCUGCAGCGGGCCGGAGGAGCUGGUACCAGUGCCGCCGGGACUUCUGGCGGGGUCAGCGCUGGUGCGCCGGAUUCUGCCGACCAUCAGCGCAACCACCGCAUGCGAACAGAAACUAAGGCGGCAAAGACGCUGUGCAUCAUCAUGGGCUGCUUUUGCCUGUGCUGGGCGCCGUUCUUCGUUACCAAUGUGGUGGACCCCUUUAUAGACUAUACCGUGCCCGAACAGCUGUGGGCUGCCUGCCUGUGGCUGGGCUACAUCAACUCCAUGCUGAACCCCAUCCUCUACGCGUUCCUCAACAAGUCCUUCCGCCGUGCCUUCCUCAUCAUCCUGUGUUGCGGGAGGCAGAGGUACCGCAGACCGUCCAUCCUCGGUUCCGGCGCUCCGUGCACGGCCACGCAGAUCAACGGCUCCACGCACGUGCUCAAGUAUUGCGUGCUCCACAAUGGGAACCACUCAGAGCAGGAGAAGAAGUCCCUGCACACCCACAUAGAGUCUCACGAGUCCUGCUUGUGACCAACAACACAGACACCGCCGCCUUCACACAUCUGGAGCUGAAAUCCGUCAUCGAUACUACGAAUCCAGAGCCCGGGGGACUUUAGCGGUGUGUCAGAGCGGCGGGACACUGCCAGUGGGCCAUCUGGUUACAAAGCUCCACCGAGACUUGACCCACCCGUGAGGCAAGCAUAUAAAGCCAGCGCCGCGUCGCGUUGGUUCUGUCGUCCGCAGAGGCUGAAUGACCCCGAGCGGAACCAGGACAGCGAUGUCAUCAGCAGGCCGCUGGGCGCCACACAUGGCGGUGGCGUCUGUAGGAAGAUGUGAUUAAUGACUUGGAAGUGAAUCAUGUGGCCAAAGCGUUCCGAUGACAGCGGACCCGUUUGUGAUUGCGUUGUUUCCACGAUGUCCCUGUAAAUGAGCCUUUAAACCAAGUGUUUCAGUUUCUAACUCUGCUUUUUCUGAACAUCCACACAAAGUCUCCUGAAUCCUUACUCGGCUGAGAGCAAAAGGCUGUAUUUAAGCCUUGAUUUAAACUGUCCAAGUGCAUUAUUACAGAGGUUACUGUGCUCAUACACCACCAUCUGAAUGAUUGUCUCUCUUCCACAGUGAGAGCUGCAAUGAGUGAUUGGAAGUGUCGCUUCGGUGUUGUCAGAGGUGUUUGUGAGGCUCUCAAAGGUGAUUCAGCCCGUGUUACAUCCAUACCACCCUGACGCACCACGUCCCCUCUGCACAAACAAGUGUCUGCAUUUGCACUCAUGAAGCCUGAACAAGCCGACCGCUCGCAGUCACGUCUGUUUCCCUGCGUGCCUCCAUGCAGGACUCUUCCUGCUGCUGCUGCUGCUGUGUUUUUUCUCAUUAGCACGAGGAAUCGGAUUAAAGCCUGUCACACCCGUGUCAUUUCACACGAUGAAUUUGUCCCGUUUGUUUUUCCAGACUAAACUGAGUCUGACCAGUCGGAUCACUGUGUUUGUUAACAAAUCGCAGCAUGUUUUUUGCAACACGCUCGAUGUGUAAAGGCCUCGAUUCGAGGAAGCUUCCGUUAACGUGGCCCAGCACCUCUGGAGUCUCUAAGCGCUACGACACGCAGGACGCCGGUUAAAAGUAAACUCACCAGAGCAUGAAUGUCACAGCUAUCGUCCCCUAUCACCCUCACUUGUGCUGAAGGUGGCUAAGAGACUCGGGCGUGUGAGGCUCGAACUGCAGCUCUGCGACGUGUACGUCUUCAUUUUACAGUCGGUGAUUUCUUAGGCGCUCACAGGCAGGUCUGACACACCCAGUUAAACUGUGACGCGGCACCAAAACACACACAGCAUUAGAAAAUAGCAGGAGGCAAAACAGAAGCACGGUCCAGAGGCAGAUCCUGUGCUUUGGCGGGACAGUGAUGAAAUUAAAGUUGCUGCCGCGGCUUCUCUGCCGCUGAUUUAAAUUGGCCCUUUUUGCUAACAUUGUGGUCGUGACAGUCCAACGAACCCAGGUCACUCUAGGGCUGCUUAGUAUCUGCUUACUGUGGAGAUUUGUGGUCCUCUUUUGGUCAAAAUGUUCUUCACAAAAAAAACGAUGGAAGGUUUGACUGUGAGCAAACAUGAAAGUUUAACAUUGGAGCAGGCUCUCCUCCUGCUCUCUUUACUGGAAACAAUGGUGCUGGAGCGCAUUCAGCUAAUUGUUUCUGGCUCUUCUUUUUUUGCUGAGAAAACAUUCCUCUCACUGCACAGAGCUGUCAAUGAAAAGAUAUCUAUAAAGCAACAAAAUUCAGAGACCAAGGCUGAUGUCAUACAGAGGCAGAGACAAACAGUCCUCUCAGAUCUCUUAAUCAGAGGGACGCACUGCUGAGCGCUGAUGCUGCGGCACAAAGGCAGACGAGGAGCUCUUGACACGGAAAGGUAAUUAGACAUCACGUUCAGGCUCCCAGACUGACACCAACACCCGUACUGCUCCGGCACGCGGGUGGAUGUGAGCUGCAGUUGGAUAUGUGCAGAUGGUGAGCAUGGUCAUAAAAAAGUUUUUCCAUUAUGCUUUGGCCUGCAAAUGCACUGCGAGGCCGGUAACGCGGGCGUGUUUUGUUCCUACGCAUAUCUGUGGACUCAAGUAUGACUUUAAAUUUAAAAGACAUUGAAAUUAAGGCUUCAUUGUUCCAUGUUUACACCAACUCAUAAGAAUUCAUGAGAAAACAGCGUGCCCAGACUGUGGUUAGACCUCGGUUCAUAAUGUUCUUGCAUUCGAUUCUCCAAAAUUGAAAAGCAGUUGGCUUUCAGGGCUCAGACGCGUUCCACCUCUGCCCACAAUCCUUUGCAAUUUGGAGUAAUUUCCUGUAACCGGAUCAGAUGCUGUUCUCACUGCUCGCCUCUCUGAAGGUGCAGCUCCGACCCAGGCUGCCUGUUUCUGUACCAGUGUCCCUGAGAGCGGGAGAGCAGGGCAAUAGGUUCGUAAAAGGCCGUGAAGAUUUAGCAAACAGAAAAUAUUCUUCAAAGCUGCUUUUGUCAUGACAAGUUCCUGAACUGUUCCUGAUGUGGAGGCCUAACAGGAGUUUAUCAAAAUGAUUUCUCAUUUAUUGUUAUUGUUAUUAUGAGUGUGACACCAGAGUCCUCACACAGCUGAUCUUUAAGUCAUCCAGUGUUCUGAGCAUCGGUGACAUGAAGCGUGCGGGUGAGAUAAUCCGAGCCGGUUGGCAAGCAGCAGCAUCUCCUCCUUCUAAAGUGAAUUCUGGCUUUAAGCAGCUGAUCCAUCCCUUGGUAACAUCACUGCAGACAGUGUCUCUGAAUCAUCAGUCUUCCUUUUAACUGUCUCUCUGUGACAUCAGUCGGUGCCUGUCCUUGUGUGUGUUGGAAACCUGAGCUCUCCAACCUUUGCAAACUCUAGUGGGACAGUUGUUUUUUAAACAGACCAAAAGCAUCACCUGUCUGUUUGGAGAGCAGGUGUGAGGUCAGAGGGCCAUGCAGCCAAACCGGAAAUGCCUCCAUGAUUCCACGUGUGAGGACAUGUAGGUCUUAUCAAGUCUGACGACAGCCUUGGAUUAGCGCUGCUUGCUCACGCUCAGAGUUCUGCGGAGGAGCUCAAGUCUCUCGUUUAAUGUUCGGCUUUGUGACUACAGAGGUCAGUUUCUACUCUCCGUUUCUACUCUCACUAGAGCCUAAAAGCACAGGCAGCAGCAGGAUGUAGUGGAUAUUUAUUAAUCUGGCCACACAAAGUUUGUGCCUACGGUUAAAGGAAGGAAACAGAGUUAAAUUUCAGCCUGUUCAAAGCAUUUAGAGAGAGAAACACAAAAGACAUCACAUCUUCAUAUCUUGGGGGAGGGGGGCUGUGACUGCACUACAGCUUCAUUGUGUUCAUAACAGGUUUCUGCUUUCUUAUGCUCACACAUCAUCUUGGGACCGAAGCUCUUGACUUGGCGGAGGAUGCCGCCCACAUGCUUCAGCGUUUCACGGCUGCUGUCCAAGUCCUGCUUUAUAGGAAACACAGCUGGAUCUUUUAUUGAUGGCAUUGACAGAAUCAGGAUAAAGACUUCCAGCAGAGUGCAGAAUGUAUGCAUGCAGCAGGAUGUGAACAGCAGCUGCCGGCUGCACUAUAGUGCGUCUUCCUCCUGCUCUGAAUCACGUCUGCAGAACCCGUCAGAGGUUUGCUCCAAACCUCCGAUGGGUUCUUUAACUUCUGUUCACAGCCUGCAGCAUGAAUGUGUAUAUAAAUUAAACAUAUAACUCCCAUAACCUGUCCAAAGGAGACAAAAUGACUUUUAUAAAACUCUUCAGUAUUUAUUUUGACAGAACAAAAUGGGUAUUUUCAUGUAUUAAAAGAGCAGAAAAGCUUCUCUUUCAGGGAGCUGACAUGUGUAUGACUUUGUUUCUGUUGCUAUGUGACAGUUCUGAUAAAGGAGAAUUAAAGAAACGUUGAUAAGCC